AUGAGGAAUUCAAGGAGCAAAAGAGACCCUAACAAAUAUUGUAAAUUCCAAAAAGAUAUUGGGCAUACGAUCGAUGAGUGUCGCCAAUUGAAAGAUGAGAUAAAGAGUCUCAUGGCUCGAGGCCAUUUUAAACAGUAUGUGAAGAGACAGGGCCAGGGAUACAACCAACCCAGUCAGCCUAAUAUUCCAAAUAACCAGGGGUUACAACCUAUUCCCGUGGAAGGAGAGGACAUCCUGGUUAUUUCGGGAGGGCCGCAUAUCGCAGGGGAAAGCAAUAACGUCCAAAAAAGAUAUGUGAAGGAGAUAAAGAAUGAGCAGUUUGUCUUUGGCCUAGAACCUUCCAAGAUUGUGAAAACUGAUGAACCCCCCAUUGCAUUCACAGAGGAAGACGAGAAGAACAUGAGAUACCCUCAUGUCGAUUUGUUGGUCAUAACCAUUCAACUCGCAAAUAAGAGGAUCAAGAGAGUGUUAAUUGACAAUAGGAGCUCGGUAUAUAUCAUUUAUAAGGAGACUCUAAAGAAAAUGGGGCUCGAAAAGGCCAAAUUAAGGCCUUGUAUGGUGAAUCUUUGCGGAUUCACAGGGGAUAGCAUCGCUAGCCUUGGCAUAAUCGAGCUCGCAUUAACUUUAGGCGAGGCACCUUUAACUGCUACUGUUAUGCAAGACUUCUUGGUUGUCAACCUGUCCUCAGCUUACAACUUAUUGGUGGAUCGUCCAGCACUGAUCGGACUAGGGACAGUUAGUUCGAUCAAGCACCUAUCUUUAAAAUUCCAAACACUAGAUGGUGUGGGAGUGGUGCGUGGCGACCAGAUGCUGGCUCACGAUUGCUAUUUCAUAGAGUUGCAUCAUAAAAAGGCCAGUCAUCAGUUAAUGACGAUCUUGGCAGGAGAAAACGAGAAGAAAGAAGAAGAUCUUGAUCCCUGA